GGUGCGGGGCCUGCGGCGGGGCGGCCCCGGUUCCUCGGAAGCUCCGCGCGGUUUGUGCCCGUUCCUACUCCGGGAUGUGCCAGUCGCUCCAGCCCGGCCGUGCUGGCAGGAUGCUGCUCCCCCUGCUCUUCCCCCAGCGCUGCCGGCCCCUCUGCCGCCUCCUGCGGGACCUGUCCCGCUGCACACGCGAUGGGAGCAGGGCUGGCCGUCCCCACAGGGCUCUGCACACAGCCUGGGCCACCUGCAGCAGUGACAUCACCCCUGUGUUCACCAGGGCCCCGGCUUUUGGGGACAAAGUGGCCAUUGUUGACCAGAACGGGGAGCACACGUACAGGGACCUGCUGAGCCGGAGCCUCCGCUUGUCGCAGGAGAUCUGCAGGGUCCUGCAGUGCCCCAGCAGGGACCUGAAGGAGGAGAGGAUCUCCUUCCUGUGCCCCAACGAUGCCUCCUACGUGGUGGCCCAGUGGGCUGCGUGGAUGAGCGGGGCCAUAGCGGUGCCCCUGUACAGGAAGCACCCGGUGCCUGAGUUGGAGUACGUGAUCCAGGACUCCCAGAGCGCCCUGCUCAUCGCAGCUGAGGAGUUCCUGGGGAAAAUAACCCCCAGUGCCCAGAAACUGGGAGUCCCUGUGCUGCCACUUCCCAGCUCUGGAGGUGGUGGAUCCACGAGCCCUGCAGCCACGGAGGAGGGGCCCUUGCCAAGCUGUUCCUCGUGGAAGGACAGAGGAGCCAUGAUCAUCUACACCAGCGGGACCACGGGGAGGCCCAAGGGUGUCCUCAGCACCCACGAGAACGUGCAGGCUGUGACCACGGGGCUGGUUGAGAAGUGGGAGUGGAAGAAGGAGGAUGUGAUCCUGCACGUGCUGCCUCUGCACCACGUCCACGGGGUGAUCAACAAGCUGCAGUGCCCGCUGUGGGUGGGAGCCACGUGCGUCAUGUUCCCGGAAUUCAGCGCGCACACGGUGUGGAAGAAGCUCCUGAGCUCCCAAGCUCCCCGUGUCAAUGUGUUCAUGGCAGUGCCCACCAUCUAUGCCAAGCUGAUGGAAUAUUAUGAUGAGCAUUUCACCCAGCCCCAGGUGCAGGAUUUUGUGCGUGCCUAUUGCCAGGAGAACAUCAGGUUAAUGGUGUCAGGCUCAGCAGCCCUGCCUGUGCCUGUCCUGGAGAAGUGGAAGAGCAUCACGGGGCACACCUUGCUGGAGAGGUAUGGGAUGACUGAGAUUGGGAUGGCGCUUUCUAACCCUUUGCAUGGAGUCCGUGUCCCAGGUGACCCCGGGCCUGGAGGGACAGGAGGGGGAGCUGCAGGUGAAGGGCCCCUCGGUGUUCCGCGAGUACUGGAACAGGGCCAAGGAGAGCGCGGACGCCUUCACGCCCGACGGAUGGUUCCGGACAGGAGACACAGCAGCCUACAAGGAUGGAGUGUACUGGAUCAAGGGCCGCACCUCCGUGGACAUCAUCAAGAACGGGGGCUUCAAGGUCAGCGCGCUGGAGGUGGAGCGGCAGCUCCUGGCACACCCCCACAUCACAGACGUGGCAGUGAUUGGGCCCCCGGACGUGGUGUGGGGACAGCGCGUCAGCGCCGUGGUGAAGCUGCGCCAGGGCCAGAUGCUCUCCGUGAGGGACCUCAAGGACUGGGCCAGGGACACCAUGGCUCCCUACGCCAUCCCGACGGAGCUGAUCGUGGUGGACGAGAUCCCGCGCAACCAGAUGGGCAAAGUCAACAAGAAGGAGCUGCUGAAACGCUUUUACCCAGCCUAGGGCCCACCUGGGAGGGUUUGGCCCUGAUGCAGGACAUUCUGCCCCUGAGGAGGAGCCAGGGGAUCAUCCCUGGCAGCUCUGGCUCAAUCAGGCCCUUGAUUCAUGUCCAAUAAAAGUAGGAUUUGUCCCUCCUGGCUGAGCUGAGCCAGAGCUGCAGAGUUGGGGUUUCCUUGUGGGGAGCCCUUUGCAGGAAUCACAGAAUCACAGAAUGGUUUGGGUUGGAAGGGACAUUAAAAUCCAUCCAGUGCCACCCCCUGCCACAGGCAGGGACACCUCCCACUGUCCCAGGGUGCUCCAAGCCCUGUCCAACCUCGGACACUUCCAGGGAUGGGGCAGCCACAGCUGCUCUGGGCACCCUGUGCCAGGACCUCCCCACCCUCACAGGGAAUGAUUUCCCAGCAGAAAUAAAGAAUAAAUCUAAAAUCACACAUUAA